GUUGUUAUUCGAUCACCAUAUUCGUGCCCACCAAUUUUCAACUUAACGUUCGGAUACUUGGUGCUUCGACAGACUUGACAGGAAAGAAGAAGAAGGGACGACGACUUUGAUCGGCAUAUAUAUAUACAUAUAAAACGGCGAUCGAACACAUAUAUAUAUAUAACGUGGAGGAAAAGGCGUGGAUGUAAUAAUGCUUAACAGGAGUCGAAGUCGAAUCGUCAUGCCGAUCUCGUAGAGAAACUGUUCCCGACUUAAAUGGGGGGAUCCGCUCGUGCCGGCUCGGUCGGUCCACGGCGAUGCGGCGGAUUCCGGGAAUAACGGGCCCGGGAGUAGUCGUUCGGAAUGCCAACCCGUGAACCAGCGAUGAUACCAUAGUGGCGAGGGACCGCUGAUCACCGAGUCGGGACGACGACGCUGUUGCGAUGACGCGGUUACCCGUUGGCUCCGAGUUUCGCAUCGAUGUGGAGGGAUAAGAGACGACGACGACGUUGUAGUUUCGUAGUACUUGUCGACGGACGAGGUGCUGGUUGGCGCGCAGUGACAGUGAGAAUCGCGAUUGAGUGAGCCGAUCGAGUGAGAACACCUAUAUAUAUAUAUAUAUAUAUAUUCUCCAAUUCUCCUGAGACGUACACUCGUCGUGAAUCGAGGGGGAGAGUGAAGAAAAAAGAGGAAAAGAGAGGGGAAGGGGAAAAGUGGAAUAUAAUCGUCGGAAUGAGCGGCAGCGAGGGCGUGGUGACGGGUCAGGGGACCGGUAACGAUCGUCUCUGCGAGGACGUCGAUAUGGCAACUUCGACGUCCGCUUCCUCCAAUUUGAAGCCGCGUAGCGGCAAGAUCAGUUUCAGCGUCGACUCCCUUCUGAGCGACAUGAAGAAGACGGGCGGCGCUUUCGCGAGGCGAGAGAACGAGGAUCGGAUGGAGGCCGAGAAGGGCCUCGACGUGGAGGCGAGGUAUCGCGAGUUGCUGUUGGAGCAGCAGAGGCUCCAGAGCAGAGAGCUGUUGGCGAGGCUGAGCCCGCACGGGCUCGCGUUCGCGAACCACCAUCACCACCACCACCACCACCACCACCAUCAUCAUCAACCGUCGAGCAGGCCGGAUCAGGAUCAGCAUCCGUCGGCAGGCCGCCAAGAGAUCCUCACCGUGAAGGAUUUCUCGAGGACUACGGGCAGCCACGACAAGUCCUCGUCCCCUAUUAGAAUAGAUCAGGAGGCCCAGAGGGAACGGGACGAUCAUCGGCGAUCGUCCUCGAGCCCGGCCGGGAGCAGGAUCGUCGUCGAGUCGUCGAUGAUCCAGAGGGAGCGCGGCCAGGAGGAGGACGAGAGGAUGGAGAGGAUCGGCGACCCCCGUUCCGUCUCCCCCGCGAGUAGACGGGAGAUGAUGGGAGACGACAGGAGCGACUCGGAGGCGAAUCGUUCGUUGGAAGGGGACAGGGCCGAUCACCUGGAUCUCGAGGAUCAAAGCGAGAUAAGGAGCGUGGCCCACUCGGAGGAUUUGAACGUGAUGGACUCGGACUGCGAGCUGGAGAGGGAGGUGGACAACAGCCAGGAGAAGGAGGAGAAGUCGAGCCCCGUAGUGCCUCAACCGAUUCAUCCAGGGGUUCAGAGGCCGUCUCAGGGGCCCCCUUACCUCCCCGGUGCCCCGGGCGCCCCCGGAUGGAAUCCCGCGGGAUUCCCGCAUUCCCUCGCGGGAUUCGCGUGGCUACCCCCACCCCCGCACCCGCACAAUCCGCAUGGACAUCUGUACACGCCUCACGGGGGGCCCACUAGUCCGAACGGCGAUCUGAGGCUGCCGGGGCCGGGGCCAGGCCCGGUCAGGUGCACCCUGAGGAAGCACAAGCCGAAUCGCAAGCCGAGGACACCGUUCACCACGCAGCAGCUGCUCUCCCUGGAGAAAAAGUUUCGCGAAAAGCAGUACCUAACCAUCGCCGAACGAGCGGAAUUCUCGUCGUCCCUUCACCUUACGGAAACGCAGGUGAAAAUUUGGUUCCAGAACAGGCGAGCCAAGGCGAAGCGUCUCCAGGAGGCGGAAAUCGAGAAGCUGAGGCUGUCCGCGAGGCCGUUGCUGCACCCGAGUUUCGGCUCUGGCCUAAUGUUCUCCGGAGUGGGGCCACCUGGAACACCAGGAGUGCCUCCCUUCAUCGCGGCGGCCAUGGCUAGGCACACCCAUGUCGCCGCCGCGGCGGCCAUGUUCAUGGGGCCCCCUGGACACAGGCCUUAAUAAGGGAGAGGCGAGCCGCGCUGGUCCGAGUCGCUCGUAUCCUGCCCAGUCCGCCUCUUCCUUGCUCGUGAACGAAAACUGUGCGUUAAAAAAACUUGUAAUCCAACGAAAGAACGAAAAGCUUGGCCAACUCGGGGAGGGAAAUUUUCUCGAACGCGAGUAAACGGUGAUGGGUUUGGAGAAUAUUACGACGAUUUAUCAGGCCGUGUUUCGAGGUCGCAGUGAUCUGAUUUGUGAUCGUGGAUUACAUUGAAAUUAAAAAAACCAAACUUUAAAAAGUUCCUUCGAAACCCAUCACUGUCCAAAGGGAUGUCGAAUGGAGCGAGAAACAUUUAAUUAAUUCAUGUGAUUAACCCAGUGAAACAUUGUUGGAAGCUCGGGACGAGGAAAUUCGUCGUUGGAGAGCGAAGAGUUAAAUUCGACUUUAACUGCCUUCUUCUUUCACCGCGUCGAGGAACAGUAUUUCGAAGUUUGUGACGAAACUUCCUCCCCCUCCUCCUGCACAUCCUUUUAUUUUUCUACGUUCGCGAAUAUUAACGGUUCGCGUGGAUAAGACUCGAUUGAAUUUGAACGAUCGUUCGAAGCAUUUAGAAAGCAUUUCAAGCCGUUGAUCUCACUCAUCACGAAACAAGGUUAUCAUCACGAAGUUACUACGAUUGUAUCGUGUACAUAUUGUAAAUAGAUUCUCUAUCCGCGUAUAAGUGUGUACGUAUGUAUAUAUAAAUAUUAAUAUAAAUAUCGACACGCGUGUACAGGACUUUGCGAACGAGUUGAGAGGCGAAAGAAAGAAUUUGCUGGAAAUGGACGACGUUAUUAUUCGCUCCUUCGACUCGUUUCGUUUCUACUUGAAGUAUAUAUAAAUUUACUUGGGAUGAGAGCGUGGUUGAAGUUAUGAUCUACUUCGCUACUAGAACAGAUGAUAUUCCCAAAAUCGAUCGAUUCGAGAACGUCUCGUUCGUUUGAUAAAUAAAAUAUGGGGGAAGAAAAGGAAUUUUUUGAUUUUUCUUUUCUCUUUUUUCGAACGAAACGGAUACGAAAAAAAAAAAAAAAAAAAGAAAUUCGAAGAGCGUGUACAUACGUGUCCAAGGGAAAAAUGUAAAUUCCGAUGUAGGAUCGAGAUUCACACCGCGACGAGGUCACUGCGGAUGUACCUUAAGCGCCCUGUAUAAAUGU